AUGCCGCCUUAUCUAAUGGGCCUAGCUGAUCCCUGGGAUUCCCUUCCACUCUCUGACACCCCUCUAAUUCCAUCUUGUUUUCCAUUGCCCAUAUCAUUACUUUCUCUCCUUCCAAGCAACACUUCCGAGUUACAAGGUGGUAAUUGUAGCUUGUCGCCUUUCUGCUACACUGCCUGUGAAAUUCCCGAGGAAAUUGGUAAUCUUCUUAUUUUAGAGAUACUAUAUUUGGCAGAUACGGGCCUUACUGGUCGGAUUCCAGCGUCCAUCUUCAACAUUUCUUCUCUGACCGCUAUUGAUCUACAUAAUAAUAGUUUAUCAGGUAACUUGCCACCCAUGGCUGGGCUUCAAAAACUUGGAAAGCUCGUUCUAUGGGGAAAUAAUCUUAGCGGAAACAUUCUCAACUCCAUCUCUAAUGCUUCCAUGCUCAUGAUCCUUGACGUAUCAGAUAACUCCUUCUCUGGCCUUAUUCCAAAUACUCUUGGCAACUUAAGACAUCUUGAGUGGUUUCAAAUUAGGGGUAAUCAUUUUAUCACAGAACCUGCCACUCACGAGUGGAGCUUUCUCUCUUCUUUGGCAAAUUGCAAGAAUUUGAGAUUUCUAUAUGUUUCACUAAAUCCAUUGAAUGGGAUUCUUCCAACUUACAUUGGGAAUCUUUCAACAACUCUUCAAGAACUUUUAGCUUCUGAUUGUGAGCUUCAAGGUAAUAUUCCACUGGAAGUCGCUAACUUAAGCAACAUGUUUCUCUUAGACCUUAGCAAUAAUAAAAUAAGUGGAUCUAUUCCAGCGACAAUAGGAGGACUACGAAAUGUCCAAAGUUUGACCCUUCAGACUAACGAGUUACAAGGGCCCAUCCCUGAAAAAAUCUGUGGUUUGGAGAGAUUAUAUACACUGAGCUUAUCUUUUAAUAAGCUCAGUGGACCUAUGCCUGCCUGUUUGGGUAAUUUGACUUCUUUAAGAAAUCUUUACUUGGGAUCCAACAAAUUGAGUUAUGCAAUACCCUCAACCUUGUGGAGCCUUAAAGAUAUCUUAAAAAUAGAUUUGUCCUCAAACUACUUUAGCGGCUCACAUCCACUUGACAUCGGACAUUUAAGGGCACUAAUGUGUUUGAAUUUGUCAAAGAAUCUACUAAUGAGUGAUAUGGUGUCUACAAUUGGGGGCCCUGAAACAUUGGUUUCUUUAGAUUUAUCUAAUAACAAGUUUCAUGGUCAUAUUCCUGAGUCAUUUGGUGGCUUGAUUAGUUUGGAAUUCUUGGAUUUAUGCAAUAACAAUCUCUCUGGAGUUAUUCCCAAAUCAUUGGAAAAGCUUUCGAAUCUAAAAUAUUUUAAUGUUUCCUACAAUAGAUUGGAAGGAGAAAUCCCCACUGGACGAUGUUUUCAAAACUUUUCCUAUGGAUCAUUCAUGAAAAAUUAUGCACUUUGUGGUCCAUCUAGAUUGCUAGUCCCACCUUGCAAGAGUAGCAUCCACAGAAAUUCCAAGUUGACCAUAUUGCGUGUUUUAAGGUAUGGUUUACCAUCAAUUGCUACUAUUGUAGUAACAAUAAUUUUUACUAUUAUAUACAGAAAACGCCAAAGUAGGAGUAUAACUCUACCUGUUAAGGAAGAUUUGUUAUCUUUGAAAACAUGGAGAAGAAUUUCAUAUGCUGAACUUUCACAAGCAACAGAUGGAUUUGGAGAAUGCAACUUUCUUGGUUCAGGGAGUUUUGGAUCUGUAUAUAAAGGGAGGCUUUCAGAUGGGAUGAAUGUUGCAAUAAAAGUUUUCAAUUUGCAGAUAGAGGGAGCAUUUAGGAGUUUCGACACUGAAUGUGAAGCUAUGCGUAAUAUAGUCCAUCGCAAUCUUGUCAAGGUCAUUACUUGCUGCUCCAAUGUGGACUUCAAGGCCUUGGUGCUUGAUUUCAUGCCUAAUGGAAGUCUUGAAAAAUGGUUACAUUCUGAACAUUAUUUUCUUGAUAUCUUACAAAGGAUCAAUAUAAUGAUAGAUGUUGCAUCAGCUCUAGAAUACCUUCAUGCUGGACAACCAACUCCUAUAAUCCAUUGUGACCUAAAGCCAAGUAAUAUUCUACUAGAUGAAGACAUGGUUGCGCAUUUGGGAGAUUUUGGCAUUGCCAAGCUAUUAGAAGAAGAUGAUUUCAUGAGACAAACCAUGACACUUGCAACUAUUGGAUAUAUGGCACCAGAUGCCACUUUAUUAAGAAGAGAGGAUGAAUAUUUCAUUAUUAAAGCAAAUUGUAUAUCAUCCAUCAUGGAGUUAGCUUUGAAAUGUUCAGCUGAGUUACCUGAGGAUAGAAACAAUAUGGCAGAUGUUGUGGCUAUGCUCAAGAAAAUCAAACAUAAGUUUCUAAUCAGCAUUGAGCAAGUUUAAUACGGUAUGAAAUGUGUUAGCUUGUCAUUAUUAAUUCAUUCUUCAUUUUCUAUUCAAUUCAGCGAUGAUUUGGCACGUUUUGUUGUUAGAUUUAGACAAAUAUUAUCUCUUCAAUCCUGUGCUAUAAACCCAAGUAC